CCCGUCCGCUGUAAAUUGCUAACAGCACGCUUGUUUGAAAGCUGCACGCAACAUGGAUCCAACAGUAUAUUGCCCAACAUGGGCUCCCUUCUUUGGCUUUGCUGGCGUCUUUGCAGCAAUGGCAUUCAGCUCUUUAGGAGCAGCAUACGGUACGGCAAGAUCAGGUAUUGGCAUUGCAGGUAUUGGACCGUUCCGUCCUGAGCUUGUCAUGAAGUCUCUUAUACCCGUCGUCAUGAGUGGUAUUAUCGCAGUAUAUGGACUUGUGGUUGCUGUGUUAAUAAUAGGACAAAUGUCACCCACCAGCGGCUACUCUUUGUACACUGGCUUCGUUUCCCUGGCUGCUGGCGUAUCUGUCGGUAUGGGAGGUCUAGCUGCAGGAUACGCGGUCGGCGUGGUUGGCGACUAUUGUGUUCGCGCAUAUGCAAGAGAAAACCGCAUUUUCGUCAUCAUGGUUUUGAUCCUUAUUUUCGCUGAAGUCCUCGGUUUGUACGGACUCAUUGUUGCACUUAUAUUGAACACAAAAUCAGAUAACACUAUCUGUGAAUAGUUUAGAGAUUCAGUAACUGCCAGUUUAAAAGAUUGAAAAAGAAAAAAAUUAUCCCAAGGUUUUCAGUGCAAUUGAUGUAACCAGUC